UGUUGGUGCCAAAUGCAUGAUGGGAAAUGUGUCCCUUCUUGCUUUCCUAUGUUCAUUUUCUUUUUUUCCCUCCCCGCAUUUUAUUGCGAGAACAACGCUUUAGAGACUGAAGAAUACAUUCGAAUUCGAAGCCGAAAUCUUUCACUGCUUUUCCCAAGGUGAUCUGUAACAGCCAUGGCCCGUACCAAGCAGACUGCCCGUAAGUCCACUGGAGGCAAAGCCCCACGUAAGCAGCUGGCCACAAAGGCAGCUCGUAAGAGCGCCCCUUCCACCGGUGGAGUCAAGAAGCCCCAUCGCUACAGGCCUGGAACUGUGGCUCUGCGUGAGAUCCGUCGUUAUCAGAAGUCCACCGAGCUGCUGAUCCGUAAGCUGCCCUUCCAGCGUCUGGUGAGAGAAAUCGCCCAGGACUUCAAGACCGACCUGCGUUUCCAGAGCGCGGCCAUCGGAGCUCUGCAGGAGGCCAGCGAGGCUUACCUGGUGGGUCUGUUCGAGGACACCAACCUGUGCGCCAUCCACGCCAAGCGUGUCACCAUCAUGCCCAAAGACAUCCAGUUGGCACGCCGUAUCCGCGGCGAGCGUGCCUAAAACAUUUCCCGGCCUAUAAUAUGCUGUCCUCUCAUUUUCCUUCUUCUAUACUUAGUAGUUUGGUUUGAGGUUCUAUAUAUAAAUAUCUAUAUCAUAUGAUUGUGAUAACCGUAAUUGUGUGAUUAUGUCUUCUGUGGGGCUACUGGUAGCAGGUUUUCCAUAGCAGUAUCAUCAACUAUGAUUCAAACGUUCAAAAAAAUCUCGUUUAAAUUUUAAGUUCCAGUAAGAAAUUCGCAGGAAUACCUUAUCACCUCAGCAAAUAAGGUAUUUUGGGGACAGGAUUAGUGCUUAAUCUAAAGUUGGAACAGGAAUUAGCAUUAAGGUGGACAAUUUCGUUCAAGAGUGGAUGCCUACAUUUCUCCUUUUUUUUCCUCUUUUAAAUAGAAAUUAGUUGUAUUAGUAUUGAUUCUUUUUUUUUUUUUUUACAAUAAUGGUGUAUUUCUACUGUUACUGUUCAGUGUAUCAAAAUAGAAAAGUUUAAUUCGGGUCGUCAUUUAGAAACGUCAUUAUGUUGUGAUGACACUGCAUGGUUUGACAGACUACAGCGGCAUAGAUGUAGCAGACCUGUGUUGAUGAUGUUUUGAUUUUCAGCCAUGUUAAUAAAAAAAAAAAAUGUCUGGGUAAUGUUUUUGUUCCUCUCUCAGGUUGAUACAAUAACCUAUUUUUUUUCUACUUGUGUUUUUGAUUUAUGUAUUCGGUCAUUUUUAUGAACAAAAUAUUUGUACUCUGGACUUCACAUUCAAGCAUAAUAAAGAGUUUCUUGUGGUUGAUAGA